GACGCUUUCCCGCCUCUCCUUCUUCCUUAGCCUCAAGGUCCAAUACAAUCUGCUGCAGACGCUUUCCUGCCUUCUUCCUCAUCCACCAUGUACAUAAGGUCCAUGGCCGCGGUGCCUUACCGCACCAAACCAAACGGAAGAGAAAGGGAAUACGACUAGACCUAGACGAGAGAGAGGCCAUGACCUUGAGACUGGGAGGCAACGCGAGGCUGGUCUGCGCACUGCUGCUGGUGCUGCUCUGCGUGGCCUCGCGGAUCCAGGGAGGGGCGUCCCGAGGCGGAGGUGGAGGCCGUGGUGGAAGGAUAGGAGGCGGAGGCAGCAGCGAUGGAGGAAGCACUGGCGGGGGAGGCAGUGCCGUGCCCGGGGCCGCCGGCGGCGGCGGAGGCAGUUACAUGCGAGGGGCCGGCGGUGGCUACGUGCCAACAAGGGGCUACGGCGGGCGGAACACGACUGCGACGGGGUCGGACGGACGCCGCGCCGCGGGCGAGCCGCGUGGCCGCGUCGUCUGGUUCUCCGCUGCCGCCGCCGCGCUGGUGGCCCUGAGCAUACUUACGCAAGCAUGAUCGAUCGCUGGCGAUGAGUGAAAUACGGAUUUUUUUUAUAGCAAUUUAGAACGAGGCUGGAUUCAUGUCAGAUACUCCUUCCGUCUCAAAAUAAGUGACUCAACUUUGUACUAACUUUAAUACAAAGUUAGUACAAACUUGAAUCACUUUUUUUGGAACGGAGGGAGUAUUUUUUAUUUUUUAAUACCGGCUUGUAAAUAGAUUACGGAGCCUUUUUCUUUCCCUCUUUACCUUGUAAAUCGAUUUGAGUACAGUUUGGUGGAAAAUCGGAACAUGUUCUUCCUGGAGCAGAAUUUCGAUUUUGUUCCUUUGAGAUUUU